AUGGGUGUCUUGUUUUGGAACAGUUUUAAUUUAGUCCAUUCAUGCGAAUGCCAUGAAGAUGGACUUGUCGCCCUUGGGGCUACCGAUGCUGGACCCGCUGUCGUAGAAGAGAAAACGAAAUCCGAUAUGGUGAUCAAGGAGGUUUCUAGCAAUGCCCAGAUUGCGGUAAUUAAAGCAGUUAAGGCUAUAAUAAGUUUGGCUUUGAAAGAAGCGAAAGAGUUUUUUGAAGGCUUACCGAAAAAGCCUCGAAAAGAGGAAACAAAUGAUGCCAAGAAACAACUUGAAGAAGCUAGAGCUAAAGUUUCAUUGCUUAGAACCUUGAAGAAACAACCCAAGGAGAGGAGAUUAGCUCUCCAGCCUUGGAGUUCCAUCAUCAGCAAAUAA